AAGCUAGAAAAUCUUCCUCAAACCCCUGUAAAUGAAAAUCUUUCUGAGAGGGAGUUGUAAACAAAGAUGAAAUAUAAAUCUUUUUUAGUGAAUAAACUCAUAAUUUGAUCAUUUCAGUUUCAUCCAUUCUAAUAAUGUGGGCAUUUCACUCUCCUCAAGCCACAACUCAGCCACCUUCUCAUUCCACUUUCUUUUCCCGUCCAACUCCAAAACCACCAAUUUGCUUUGUGAACUUAAACCCUACAAUCCCCACAGCUAACAGUAACAAUCUAAUUCAAUCUCUAUGCAAACAAGGUAACCUAAAACAAGCACUUAACCUGCUUUGCAAUGAACCAGACCCAGCACAACACACUUAUGAACUUCUACUUCUUUCUUGCACCCAUCAGAACUCUUUUCUUGAUGCUCAAUUUGUUCAUCAACACCUCCUUGACAAUGGGUUUGAUCAGGAUCCUUUCUUGGCCACUAAACUCAUUAAUAUGUAUUCGUCUUUUGGCUCCAUUGAUAACGCACGCAAGGUGUUUGAUAAAACGCGUAGCAGAACUCUUUAUGUUUAUAAUGCGCUCUUUCGAGCACUAACUUUAGUGGGUAAUGGGGAAGAAGUGUUGAGAUUAUAUCGGAGGAUGAAUUCUAUUGGAAUGCCUUCUGAUAGGUUCACUUAUACUUAUGUGCUUAAAGCAUGUGUUGCGUCGAAUAGUUUAUUAUCAUUGCUAAAGAAAGGGAAGGAGAUUCAUGCGCAAAUUUUGCGACGUGGAUAUGAAGCACAUGUUCAUAUAAUGACUACUUUGGUUGAUAUGUACGCGAGGUUUGGUUAUGUUUCGUAUGCUAGUUGUGUUUUUAGUGAGAUGUCAGUGAAAAAUGUUGUUUCUUGGAGUGCUAUGAUUGCUUGUUAUGCGAAAAAUGGGAGGCCUUUCGAGGCUUUGGAGCUUUUCAGGGAAAUGAUGCUUGAGACUAAAGAUAUGUGUCCAAAUUCUGUGACAAUGGUUAGUGUGCUUCAAGCUUGUGCUGCUCUUGCAGCUUUGGAGCAAGGGAAGUUGUUGCAUGGUUAUAUUCUUCGGAGGGGGCUGGAUAGUAUCUUGCCAGUUAUUAGCAGUCUUGUUACUAUGUAUGCAAGAUGUGGUAAGCUACAAUUGGCCCAACAUGUUUUUGAUCAGAUGGAUAAGAGAGAUGUUGUUUCUUGGAACUCGUUGAUCUCAAGUUAUGGGGUUCAUGGAUUUGGAAAGAAAGCAAUCCAAAUUUUCAAGGAUAUGACUCGCAACGGUGUAUUUCCAAGUCCCAUAUCAUUUGUUAGUGUUUUGGGAGCUUGCAGCCAUGCAGGACUUGUAGAGGAAGGAAAGAUUUUGUUUGAGUCGAUGCAUAAAGACUAUGGGAUGUAUCCUAGUGUGGAGCAUUAUGCUUGUAUGGUGGACCUUCUUGGCCGGGCCAAUAGGUUAGAGGAAGCAGCUAAAAUCAUUGAGGAUAUGCGAAUUGAACCAGGGCCUAAGGUUUGGGGGUCUCUCCUAGGGUCAUGUAGGAUUCAUUGUAAUGUCGAACUAGCAGAGAGGGCAAGCAAGAGGCUUUUUGAUCUUGAGCCUACAAAUGCUGGGAAUUAUGUGCUUCUUGCUGACAUUUAUGCAGAAGCCGGUAUCUGGGAUGGAGUAAAAAGAGUGAAGAGGCUGCUGGAAGCUCGGGGGCUACAAAAGAUACCAGGUCGGAGUUGGAUAGAAGUUAAAAGAAAAAUCUAUACGUUUGUGUCUGUUGAUGAGUUUAACCCACAGAUUGAGCAGCUCCAUGCUUUGGUGGUUAAAUUGUCAACAGAGAUGAAGGAGAAAGGCUAUGUGCCACAAACAAAAGUUGUGCUCUAUGAUCUAGAUGCUGAGGAGAAGGAGCAAAUUGUAUUAGGCCAUAGCGAAAAAUUAGCGGUUGCCUUCGGGCUUAUCAAUACAAAUAGUAGGGAAACCAUUCGGAUCACCAAAAACUUGAGGUUAUGUGAAGACUGCCAUUCAUUUACAAAACUCAUUUCCAAGUUCACAAAUAAGGAGAUUCUAGUAAAAGAUGUCAACCGCUUUCACCAUUUCCGCGACGGAGUCUGUUCUUGUGGGGAUUACUGGUGAUUGUUUACUGCAAUAAUUUUUCUCUUUCCAUCUGAUAAUAAGCACACAGCUAUUUGUACAGUAGCAGAUAUCAUGUUCAUUUAGAGAAGUUACAGUUUUCUGAGGCAAGAUUUCUAAUUUUUCUGGUGUAUCAACUUUCAAAUGCUUCUUUCUUGGUGUGGAUAUCUCUGUUCCAAUGACUUAAAGAAUCAACAUAAAUUGGGGAUUUACAUAUUUAUUCAAAGAAUUGCUUAGAAAAAUAUAUUAGUAAUAGUGAAUGAUUGUUGA